AUGGAAGGGAGCAGGAUAGUUCGGAUUUCAGUCACCUGGAGGGGCAUACAGCUCGAUAUCGUUGCAGAUCCAAGCUGCACGAUGAAAGAAUUUGGGCAACUGCUGCAGGACUUGACUAGUGUUAAGCCAGAGACAUUGAAGCUCAUUGUUCCGCAAUCUACAAACAAAGGCUCCGAGCUGAUCACGCCAUUUUCGGAUCCGCAUUCGAGAUUGACUCUGAAUGAAGCGGAUAUUAGCGAGGGAAAACCUAUCCGGAUGAUGGGGGUUUAUGAUGAUGAAAUGAAAUCGAGGAGGAGGAGGUAUCUGACAAUGGCAAAAGACCUGACCAACCUGAAUCCUCCUCCACCUUCGGAAGCUCUGAAACGAAUGCACAUGCUUGCAUGCGACCCUGGUAUAAUUGCGAUCAUGAAAAAGCAUAAAUGGAGAGUCGGAAUCAUGACUGAGAUGGCUCCUGUUGGCUAUGUAGGCGUUAGUCCGAAAUGUAUUUUAGGUUUCAAUAAGAACAUGGGAGAGGAGAUAUCUCUUCGCCUACGAACUGAUGACUUGAAGGGAUUCAGGAAGUACGAAAGUAUCAAGAAAACUCUACUUCAUGAGCUUGCACAUAUGGUGCACUCUGAGCAUGAUGCGAACUUUUUUGCUCUUAAUAAGCAGUUGAAUGAGGAAGCUGCUUCCAUGGACUGGACCAAGUCUACAGGUCAUAUGUUGAGUGGUCGCAAAAUCUUCGAUUCAUAUGAAGAGGAAUUUGUUCUAGAACCAGAGAUAACUGUUGCUGGUCACAGGCUUGGGGGAGAAUCAAGUUCGCUGGCUAGUGCUCGUGCAUUGUCAGGGGCUGCUGCUUACCAUCGUUUUUUGGAUGCAUCUGCUAAGGCGGAUCAUGAUGCUUCAGGCACUAAAAUUGAAUAUAAUCCUGAUGAUGUUCCUCAAGAUUUUGUUCAUGAAACUUUGAAGGUAGAUCCAGAUCCAGAUGAUGCUAUGCAUGUGGAUUCAGCAGCUGGGAUAUCAUUGGCAGGACAGCCUACUAUCAGUUACUGUGAGCCUGAUCCUGAUGAUGUUGAGAAGCAUGAGAAGCAAAUUUCUGAUAGAUGCCUACAACCUGAUCCUGUUGAUUCCUCAAAUGCUAAUAAUCUGAACCAGGAGCUGAGGUUUGAUGGAAGACACCAUAGCGAACCUGAUCCUGAUGAUGGUACUAAUGAAGUUGUUCCGGAAUCUGGAAAAAAGAUGGAAGUGGAUAGUGAACUGGCAAACAGCAUCGCAGUUUUAAAGUAUGAAUCUGACCCUGCUGAUUCCUCAAAUGCUAUUGUCAACCAGGAGUUGGUUAUCGAUGGGAAGCAUGGUGAAGAACCUGAUCCUGAUGAUACUGCUUGUCAAGAUGUUUUAAAAUCUGGAAAUGGGACAGAAAGGAUAACAGAACAAAGCGUAAACUCCACAGUUUUGAAGUCUGAACCUGAUCCUGACGAUCAUGUUGUUGAUUCAAACAGCAAUGAGCUGCAAAGGAUUGAAGAACCAGUGGCAGCCCUCUGUUCACGACUCCAGAAGUCCAUUGAGACGCUCCGGUUGCAAGCAACACCUACAGAGGCAGAGUCUGCUAUUCAAACACUUUUUAAGAUCAUCAAGAUUGUUAUAGAGCACCCAAAUGAUAUUAAGUAUAAGAGAUUGUGUAAGUCCAAUCCACAUUUCCAAAGGAGUGUAGCAAACUAUAAAGCUGCAAUGGAGGUUCUUGAAUUGAUUGGCUUCUGCGAGGAUGUGAUCUCAGACGAGGUUGGGCGUGCAGAGACUUACCUGGUAUUGAAAAGGAAUGAUCCUGGAUUGCUAUGGCUGGCAAAGUCCUCUCUUGAAGUCUCUCUGACUUGA